AUGGAGCAGAGGAAUCACACGGUGGUGACGGAAUUUGUUCUCCUUGGACUUUCCCACUCUAGACAGGUGCAGCUUGUAUUUUUUGUAUUGUUCUUACUGUCCUAUGUAGCGAUUGUUCUGGGCAAUCUCCUCAUCAUUGUCACCAUAAAGGCCGAUUCCUGUCUGACCUCAGCCAUGUACUUCCUCCUCUGCAACCUGUCCUUCAUUGAUCUCUGCUACGCCUCUGUCACUUCCCCUAGGAUGCUGUCUGACCUGCUCUCCCAGAGGAAGACCAUUUCCUUCAAUGGCUGCAUGGCCCAGCUCUUCCUCCUGCACUUUGUGGGGGCAGCAGAGAUGUUCCUGCUGACAGUGAUGGCUUACGACCGCUACGUCGCCAUCUGCAAGCCACUGCACUACAUGUCCAUCAUGAGCAGGCCCACGUGCUGCAGGCUGGUGGCUGCUUGUUGGGUGGGGGGUUUUGUCCAUUCCAUUGUGCAGACCAUUCUUACCAUCCGCCUCCCAUUCUGUGGUCCCAAUAAGAUCGACAACUACUUCUGUGAUGUGCCCCCUGUCAUCAGACUUGCCUGCACCAAUAUCUAUGUCAUCGAGUUGCUCAUGGUCUCCAACAGCGGCCUGAUCUCCCUGGCUUGCUUCCUGGUGCUGCUUGUGUCCUACACAGUCAUCCUUGUCACGGUUGGGCUUCGCCUCAGAGAUGGGAAGUGGAAGGCCCUGUCCACCUGUGCUUCUCACAUCACGGUUGUCACCUUGUUCUUUGGGCCCUGCAUGUUCAUCUAUCUACGGCCCUUCUCCAAUUUCUCAGCUGACAAGAGCAUCUCUGUCAUUUACACCAUCCUCACCCCAAUGAUGAACCCUCUGAUCUACACCCUGAGAAAUAAGGAGAUGAAGGAUUCCAUGCGCAGGUUAUGGAGCUGCCACAGGCUAUCCACAGAGAACUAA